CAUUUCCGUUUACGUCAUCGUGUGCUUCCGCCGCUAAAUCCUCGGGUGAAAUGUAUUCGAAACGAUUAACGUCCAGGAGGCUAUAGCGACUCUUCGAGUCUUCAAAGACAAAAUCCUGUGGAGCUCACCGAUGUCACUCCAAAUUUGAAGCUUCUCCGAAGGGUCCUCAAGACAGGAGAACGAAAAAUGGGGGUCCUGUGGUCGAGAUUCAAGAACAAGCCUGGAACGAAGGAGUUGCUAGACGACAUUGAAAAGAAAGUUCGAAAUAUAAAUGAGUACAAAUUGAACACAGAGCGACAGCAGAAGAGGCUCGUGGGGGCAUUGAUAUUCUACUCAUGUUUAUUCUACAUCUUGUGUAUGAUCAUAACUUAUGUGUGGUACUUCCCGAGGACACUUCAGGGCCAAGUGUUGUGCAUUGUGCCACUGGUGCUGUUUCCUGUCGGAAUUGUGCUUGCCAAAAAGCUGCUGCAGUGGUACUUCAGGAGAAAAAUCGAAAGGAAGAACGAAGAGCUCACAGAUCUGAUCAAGCAGAAGCGCUCGGUGCUUGACAAUGUCAUGGAAACCGAGACCUACAAAGUUGCCAAGGAAAUUCUGGAGAAGUAUGAUCCAGAAACGCUCAGGAAGAGUGUCCAUCACGCUAAGUUUGACAUAAAACUCUAUCUCUCCGGAACAGAAGACGCAGACGAAACGGACAUGGAAACAUGCGACGAAGGCUUUGAGAGCAAGCAGGCAAAGGAAGAAGCCCCGCCGGACGACUGCCUUCCCGCCGCCAAAAUCUUGCCGGUUGACGCCUCGGGUGACAUCUUGGGCCCGCACGAGAUGGCCCGCCAGCCAAAGCAGGCUGUCGUGGCACCGCUGCCCAAGAACCCGCUGUCCAAGAAGGACGACUAG